AUGUCGUCAGAAAAGUGGAUAAAGUUGACUUUCGGGCUCCAAAUUGAGGAUCGGGGCGAGGUAACAUACCGAUACAGAUUCAUAAUUGUUGCCGAACUUGGUAAAGCUUGUUCAAUGCUUGUGUUGCUUCCGUUUCGAUUUUUCAUUCUGAAGGAUGAAUGGAACCGGUGCACCUCCGCCGCAAUUUUGUAUAACUGUGUAAAGGCGAUGAAGCCGGCUAUAGGUGAUGAUAAAGAACUGUUCCAUUGGCCUUCUGGACCAUGGCCCUGCUCCAAGCUUUCGUUGCUGAUACCCGACAAGAAUGAUGCAUGGCAAACCUUUGGUAUAUUGCUAGACCACCUACCAGUCAAUCCCGAAAAUACUCUACCAGACACAUCGCGAGUUCUACAGAUCCCUAGUAUUUCUACGCCUAGUGGUAGUGGUAGUCGAAUUUCGGAACAAGAUUCGAACGGUCUGUGGCGCAUGCCAACUGUGCCUACUUUCACAUCCUGGGAAUUUAUCUUUGGUGAAAACAUCGGUAGGAUGUCGGGUCGGACUGGACAUCAAACGAUAGUUAUCGACGGUGUUACAGGUACCAACGUUUUUGACAGCCUAAUCGUGCCUCGGCCUACAGAUGUGUUUCUCGCGUUGUACUUCCAAACUCGAUGUGUCUAG